AUGUUGGCGGUUGUUGGCGGGGGAACGACGGUUCCCGGAGGCAUAAGGUUGGACUCAGAAGGACAGGGGUUACUCGGAGUACGUUCUGAAUCGCUGCAAGGGUGUGUUAUGGACGUGUCCCCCGAUGGAACUAAGUUUUGGACGCCGUCGUGUGAUGAGGCGGUUAAGCCUUUUGAGGGGCAGACUUUUCCUUCUCUCGCUUACGGUAUUGAUUUUUAUCGUCAGUAUGCGUCUCUCGUUGGUUUUGAUAUUUUUGUGCUUAAGUGUGCUAGGGCCAACGUUGGGCCUAAUAGGUCGUUUCGUUUGGCUAGGGAGUUUGCUGGGUCGUAUUCUAAUGUUGGUGCGACAUGUGUCGAUUUUAAAAAUUUGAAGCGUGAUUUAAUGGCAUUUAUUGGGACUUCUGAUGCUCAUAUUGUUGUGAAAAAAUAUGCUAAGAAGGUAGAUGAUUGCCCGGAGUAUGUCUUUAAAUAUGAUGUAGAUUCUCAGGAUCAAUUAUGUAGGGCUUUUUGGGCUGACCUUAUUGCGAAGGAAAAUUUUUCUGCUUUUGGGGAGGUGGUGUCGUUUGAUGCGACUUAUGGGACUAGUAGGUAUGGUAUGGUAUUGGUUCCGUUUACGGGUGUUGAUAAUCACAAGAGAGGCGUCACAUUUGCAAUGGGUUUUAUUUCCCGUGAAGAUGUGGACUCGUAUGUGUGGCUUCUCCAGCAAUUUAAAAGUGCAAUGGGUUGUGUGCAUAGUUGUACUAUCACUGAUCAUGAUCCUUCGAUGCAGAUUGCAGUCCCACAGGUGUUUGAUACUACGCGGCAUAGGUUUUGUAUGUGGCAUAUAAUGUCAAAGGUUGGUGAGAAGGUUGGUAAUGUUCUAUCUAAAGACGAGGAAUUUCGGCGUGCUUUGAAUGAUGUUGUUUGGUGUGAGACGUUGUCCGUGGAGGAGUUUGAGCGGGGUUGGCAGGACGUAAUGGAAAAGUAUAGCCUUGGUGAUCACAGGUGGUUUCGUCUUAUGUAUGAUUUGAGAUCGUUUUGGAUCCCUGCGUUUUUUAAUGAUCUUUUCAUGGGUGGUUUGCUUCGCAUGACAUCUAGGUCCGAAGCUGCGAAUAGUGCCAAACUAAAUCCCGAAUGUGAGGGCCACUUUCCUUUGUGCCAGACUCCGUUGUUGAUUGAGAAGCAUACGGUUGCGGUGUAUACUGUUAAUGUUUUUUAUGAUGUGCAAGCCGAGGUUAUUGCGGGAUCUUUUUCGUGUCGUUCUGUGCGUUCAAAUGUUGAAGGGUUGGUAACCCGGUAUGAGGUUCAAGAUGGUGAUGAGCCGGUGCGCACCGUGAGUUUUGACUCUGGUAAUGCUGUUGUCGAGUGCACGUGUAACAUGUUUUCACGGGUUGAGUUACUUUGUCGUCAUAUUUUCUGGGUUUUCAAGGAUCGUAGGAUUGUUUCUAUCCCUUCUCGGUAUGUGAUCGCACGUUGGACAAGGGGGGCUUGUGUGCGACAGUUGUUGGGUGUUCAACGUGGGGGCGCUUUGGAGGUAGAUGUCGCAAUUGGUGAAGCUUGGGCAGAAUUUUUUUCGUGCGUGACCAUGGCUUCACGGAGUGUUGAUAAUGUUACCAAGUUGAAUGCAGCUUUGAAAGAUUUCAAUGUUUUUUUAUUGGCUGAGAAUGGUCCUAGCGUUCGUGCUUCUUCUUCUAAGAAGCAACUUUGA